GAACGAACCAAAUAAACGUAUAUAUAGAUGUAACCUGGUAUAGGGUUGGAUUUCAUACACGACGGGAUAGCUGAUCAGACUUCACACAGAUUUAAUCAUCACACAACCCAACGUAAGGAUGAACCCGGAAGACGAAUUAUCUGCACUAAUAAUUGACAAUGGAUCCGGAAUGUGUAAAGCUGGAUUUGCAGGGGAUGAUGCGCCAAGGUCUGUCUUCCCGUCCCUCGUAGGACGUCCUAGAUACGAGAUCGUGAUGACGGGGAUGGGAGGUAAGGACUGUUACGUGGGUGACGAGGCCCAGAGUAAGAGAGGUAUACUUAGUCUCCGCUACCCGAUAGAGCACGGAAUCGUCACCAACUGGGACGACAUGGAGAAAAUCUGGCACCAUACCUUUUAUAAUGAGCUCCGAGUGGCGCCCGAGGAACAUCCGGUCAUGCUCACAGAGGCACCACAGAAUCCGAAGGCUAAUAGGGAAAAGAUGACCCAGAUUAUGUUUGAGACAUUUAAUUCACCAGCUUUUUACGUCAGUGUACAAGCAGUUCUCUCCCUUUAUGCGUCCGGUCGGACCACGGGAGUAGUGUUUGACGCCGGCGAUGGUGUUUCCCAUGUUGUCCCAAUAUACGAGGGCUACUCGCUGCCCCACGCCAUAAACAGGAUGGACCUCGCCGGGAGGGACCUGACCGCCUACUUAAAGAGGAUCUUACACGAGCGCGGCUACAAUUUCAACACGUCAGCUGAACUCGAACUGGUCCGGGAUAUGAAGGAGAAACUAUGUUAUGUAGCUUUGGACUUCGAGUCUGAGAUGAGCUCUGCGAGUACAUCGUCAAGUACAGAAAAAUCCUAUGAACUUCCGGACGGAACGAUUGUAACUAUAGGCAACGAGCGCUUCCGGUGCCCUGAAGUACUAUUUCAGCCAUCUUUUAAAGGAAUGGAGGCGGAAGGGAUCCAUGAACUCGUUAACAAGUCGGUUAUGACGUCAGACAUCGACAUACGGAGGGAUCUCUAUAGCAACACGGUUCUUUCCGGGGGAACCACCAUGUUUCCGGGAAUCGCCGACCGGAUGACGAAGGAGCUAUCGGCCAUAGUAGCAAACAGUAUGAAGGUGAAGGUCAUUGCCCCACCUGAACGGAAGUACUCUGUGUGGAUCGGCGGAUCAAUCCUUGGGUCACUAUCCACAUUCCAACAGAUGUGGAUCAGUAAAGAGGAGUACGACGAAUGCGGACCAUCUAUAGUACACCGGAAGUGCUUCUAAACAAUAUAUGAGACUUUAUGAUACUAUUUAUAGACAACUGAAGGGACAGUGUACAAUCGCGAUUUCUUACGUUACUUUUCAUUAACAGUGUUCAGUGGCGAUUGAUCUCAUCAGCGGAGAAUUCAUUUUUAUUUCAUUACACAUACUCACAUAUGACAUAUAAAAUUUGUAAAUAAUCAUUUUCAGAUGCCGUUGAUAAGUACGGUACUUGUCGUCUCUGACGAGAUUAAACAUCUACCUACCGGAACUGUGUCUUUGUCGUAUCUCUAACAUGUAAAAAAGAGUUAAACAUGUAUUUGUCACAUCCGAGUUGUCUGCUACAUGGAAACUGUUCAGGUUAUCAAUACAAUACAAAAACCCAUUGGGUCGAAAUUUCUCUGCCACAGGGGUUAUACCGGUAAUUAUAUUAGUCUAAAUGGAAUCUUAAGACAUUUACCUUGUAUGGGCAUCCACCAUGUAGCAAGAUCAUGCCUGUCAGAUACUGAAGCACAGUCAUCUCCCGUGAUCUUCCAUGAAGGGCUACAGCCACUGCAUUCAUCACGUGGUAGAAGGGUUUUCCUUGGAUGCUGACUGUGGGACGUCCGUAACCAUAGAUAAUACCACUAAUAGGGUGUUGGGGGUUCGAUUCCGUCGCGCGUUUUGUGCUGUAGUACUGUCUCAUUGACAAUUCUUUACACACUUUAAUUACAAUACAUGCUGUGGCCGCAACUAUUUCCUCUGGGCAAACAUUUUUCAAAAUAUCAAUGACACUCCUCUCCACAUUCGCCACUCUUGAUCCUCUAAACAGGAGUUUGGCGAUUUUCCUGUGGUCCUCUGAUUUGCAAUGUAGGAAUCGCAACCUUCAGGACACCAGAUACAUUUAUAAUAAAAUAAAUUACAGUAUUACAUGUCCAUGCGGUAUGCUAUAAUGAACAGCUGUAUUUAUUCAGAUUGACAAAUAAAUGACAAAGGUUUU